CCUCUUCUCUGCUCUGGCCCAGGGCCCACAGGACCUUGCUGCCAUGACACAAACUGCUGUGGGAGAGAGCCUAGGGUGCUGGCCUGGGACGUACCGUGCAGUGCUUCUGGGGUUGGAUGAGGGGACGGACAGCAUGUGAUGUGCCUGGUUAUAAUAACUCGCCCUCCAUAGGGAAACCCUCCAUGGGUGGAGAGACAACCUGUGGUGCUGCUGGGAAGGAUGGGGUGGGAUGAGAGAGGUGGGGUGGGACGGAUGGGAUGGGAUGAGAGAGAUGGUGUGGGAGGGAUGGGGUGGGAGGGAUGGUGCGGGGUGGGAUGAGAGAGGUGGGCUGGGAGGGGUGGGGUGAGAUGAGAGAGAUGGUGUGGGAUGGAUGGGCGGAUGGUGCGGGAUGGGAGGGAUGGUGUGGGAGGGGUGGAAGGGGUGGGAGGGAUGGUGCAGGGUGGGGUGAGGGGAGGGAUGGUGAGGGAUGGUGUUGGGUGGGAGGGUUGUGUGGGAUGGGAGGGAUGGUGUGGGAGGGAUGGGAGGGAUGGUGUUGGGAUUGGAGGGAUGGUGCGGGUGGGAUGGGAUGGAUGUGUGGGAUGGUGUGGGAGGGAUGGUGCAGGUGGAAGGGAUGGUAGGUAUGGGAGGGAUGGUUCGGGGUGGGAGGGAUGGUGUGGGAGGGGAGGGAUGGUGCAGGGUGGAAGUGAUGGGAGGGAUGGUGUGGGGUGGGAGGGAUGGUGUUGGAUGGUAGGGAUGGUGUGUGAGGGAUGGUGCGGGGUGGGAGGGAUGGUGUUGGAUGGGAGGGAUGGGAGGGAUGGUGUGGGAUGGGAGGGAUGGUGUGGGAUAGGAGGGAUGGGUGGGAGGGAUGGUGCGGGAUGUGUGGGAUGGGAGGGAUGGUGCGGGGUGGGAGGGAUGGUAUGGGAGAGAUGGUGUUGGAAGGGAGGGAAUGGUGCGGGGUGGGAGGGAUGGUGCGGGGUGGGAGGGAUGGUGUGGGAUGGUGCAGGGUGGAAGGGAUGGUGUGGGAUGGGAGGGAUGGUGUGGGAUAUAUGGGAUGGGGUGGGAGGGAUGGUAUGGGAUGGGAGGAAUGGGAGGGAUGCUGUGAGAUGGGGUGGGAGGGAUGGUGUGGGAGAGGUGGUGAGGGAUGGUGUGGGAUGGGAUGGUGUGGGUUGGAUGGGGUGGGAAGGGAUGGUAUGGAUGGGAUGGUGUGGGAUGGGAAGGAUAGGACAGAUGGUGUGGGAGGGAUGGUGCAGGGUGGGAGGGAUGGUGUGGGAUAGGAGAGGUGGGAGGGAUGGUGUGGGAUAGGAGAGGUGGGAGGGAUGGUGUGGGAUAGGAGAGGUAGGAGGGAUGGUGUGGGAUAGGAGAGGUGGGAGGGAUGGUGUGGGAUGGGGUGGGGUGGGAUGGGAGACACAGGAUGUGCCUGGUUAGAGACUGGCCGUGGGGACACAUUCCCUGGGUAGAGAGGUGCUGUCUGCUGGGCUACUGGGAUAGCUGUGCCUGGUUAUAGCUGCUAUGGGGAUCCCCUCCUAGGGUGGAGAGAGCCUACAGUGCUGGGAGGGAUCAUGGGAAGGAUAGGAUGGGAGACCGGCAGGAUGUGCUUGGUUAGACCAUGGGGAUCCCCUCCCAAGGUGGAGAGAGCCUGUGGUGCUGGGAGGGAAGGGAAUUGUGGACACUGGACAGAAUGUGCCUGCUAAUAGUGACUGGCUAUGGGGAAUGGGUUAGGGUUGGACAGGUUGUGCCUGGUUAGGCCAUGGAAAAUGGGUUAGGGUUGGACAGGUUGUGCCUGGUUAGGCCAGGGGGAUCCAGGGGGAUACCCUAACUUGGUGUGUGUUCUCGGUGAGGGGGAAGGCUCUGUCUGUACCCACAUUCGCCCCACCAUGAGUCAUGCAGCUCACGUGCAAACACUGUCUGUGCAAAGUGAGCCACACACACAACACACAUAACACACACACACACACACACACACACACACACACACACACACACACACACACACAACACGCACACAGGCUGGACACUCGCCUUAUUUCCCGGGAACUCCACCAAUUUAUUUGAGCCAGACUCUUUCCUCUUAUUUAAAUGUCACUAUCGUUUUAGUAACUUACCUCAGAGACAGCAAGCCUUAUUGACUUGGGGUCUUGGGACCAAGACUAGCUGCCUCUAUUUUUCAUCGGUGGCAUACGUUCAGCAAUCACCCUUUAACACAGUUUACUGCAUAUGAUUUGUUAAUGUACAGCAUUUGAAUUGGUCUUUGCAGUUAAUAAGUGUAACUAUAAGUGUGUGUGUGUGUGUGUCAUGUUUUUGAAUAAUGGUGUUUCCUGUGCUCCAGGGGGGCGUUCUCGGAGGUGGUGCUAGCGGAGGAAAAGGGGACCCAGAGGCUGGUAGCCAUCAAGUGUAUCCCAAAGAAGGCUCUGGAGGGCAAGGAGAACAACAUUGAGAAUGAGAUCGCUGUGCUGCACAGGUCAGUAACAUAGAGAAUUAGAUCACUGUGCUGUACAGGUCAGUAACAUAGAGAAUUAGAUCACUGUGCUGUACAGGUCAGUAACAUAGAGAAUUAGAUAAUUGUGCUGUACAGGUCAGUAACAUAGAGAAUGAGAUCGCUGUGCUGCACAGGUCAGUAACAUAGAGAAUUAGAUCACUGUGCUGUACAGGUCAGUAACAUAGAGAAUUAGAUCACUGUGCUGUACAGGUCAGUAACAUAGAGAAUUAGAUCACUGUGCUGUACAGGUCAGUAACAUAGAGAAUUAGAUCACUGUGCUGUACAGGUCAGUAACAUAGAGAAUGAGCUUGCUGUGCUGCACAUGUCAGUAACAUAGUCAGUAACAUAGAGAAUGAAAUUGCUGUGAUCCACAGGUCAGUAACAUAGAGAAUGAGAUCGCUGUGCUGCACAGGUCAGUAACAUAGAGAAUGAGAUCGCUGUGCUGCACAGGUCAGUAACAUAGAGAAUGAGAUCGCUGUGCUGCACAGGUCAGUAACAUAGAGAAUGAGAUCGCUGUGCUGCACAGGUCAGUAACAUAGAGAAUGAGAUCGCUGUGCUGCACAGGUCAGUAACAUAGAGAAUGAGAUCACUGUGCUGCACAGGUCAGUAACAUAGAGAAUGAGAUCGCUGUGCUGCACAGGUCAGUAACAUAGAGAAUGAGAUCGCUGUGCUGCACAGGUCAGUAACAUAGAGAAUGAGAUCGCUGUGCUGCACAGAUCAACACAACACACUGCAGCUUACCGCACCACACCACCACAUAAAACAAUAUCCUUAAUAAUAGCAGGUUGUUUGCCCAUCAUAAGUCAUUGAAAUGACUUAAUAGUCAUUAUGGUCAGGGUCAUGAAAGAGGCUGAGGGAUCAUAACACACAGGUUCUAUCAAUGUAAAGGAUUGACUGCAUGGUAUUGAUUGGCUCAUCAUAGUAAUGUACAGCAGAGCCAGCUUGAUGUAAAGCAGUAGUAUUUUAUUUUUAUAUAUUUUAUUUUUUUAUUUCACCUUUAUUUAACCAUGUAAGCCAGUUGAGAACAAGUUCUCAUUUACAACUGCGAUCUGGCCAAGAUAAAGCAAAGCAGUGCGAUUAAAAACAACAACAACACAGAGUUACAUAUGGAAUAAACAAAAACAAAACGUACAGUCAAUAACACAAUAGAAAAUCUAUACAGUGUGUGCAAAUGUAGUACGUUAUGGAGGUAAGGCAGUAAAUAGGCCAUAGUGCAAAAUAAUUACAAUUUAGUAUUAACACUGGAGUAAUAGAUGUGCAGAAGAUGAUGUGCAAAUAGAGAUACUGGGGUGCAAAUUAGCAAAAUAAAUAACAAUGUAAAUAACAAUAUGGGGAUGAGGUAGUUGGGUGGGCUAAUUACAGAUGGGCUGUGUACAGGUGCAGUGAUCGGUAAGCUGCUCUGAUAACUGAUGCUUAAAAUUAGUGAGGGAGAUAAGUGUCUCCAGCUUCAGAGAUUUUUGCAGUUCGUUCCAGUCAUUUGCAGCAGAGAACUGGAAGGAAUGGCGGCCAAAGGAGGUGUUUGCUUUGGGGAUGACCAGUUACAUAUAUCUGCUGGAACGCAUACUACGGGUGGGUGUUGCUAUGGUGACCAAUGAGCUAAGAUAAGGCGUGGAUUUGCCUAGCAGUGAUUUAUAGAUGACCUGGAGCCAGUGGGUUUGGCGACGAAUAUGUAGUAUGUGGUUAUAGUAUAUGUGGUUAUAGUAUAUGGAGGUCAGUGGAGAAGGGGGACUGGCUGGAUUCAUGUCAUGUUAUGGUAUGGUAUAGUAUGGUAUGGUAUGGUAUCUAUGUGUCAGUAGAAACAGUGGGGUUGUUCACCAGAAAUAUCAGGAGUAAAGAAGAUUGCCCUAUUUUUAGUGUCCUUGUUGCCAGGGUAACAUCACACACAGGGGCGGAGGGAGAUUGUGUGUGUGUGUGUGUGUGUGUGUGUGGAGUUCCCUUCAGCAGUGUGAUGAAGGAAGAGAAAGAGAAGGAGAAAGAGCAAGAGAGAGAGAGAGAGACCAUGUUAGAGACAUAUAUUUCCCUCAGAUUACAGAGAUCCAUAAAGAAUUCGAACACAAACCCAAUUUUGAUAAACUCCCUUAUCUACUGGGUGAAAUACCACAGUUUGCAAUCACAGCAGCAAGAUUUGUGACCUGUUGCCACAAGAAAAGGGCAACCAGUGAAGAACAAACACCAUUGUAAAUACAACCCAUAUUUAUGUUUAUUUAUUUUCCCAUUUGUAUUUUAACUAUUUGCACAUUGUUACAACACUGUAUAUAUACAUAAUAUGACAUUUGAAAUGUCUUUAUUCUUUUGGAACUUCUGAGUGUAAUGUUUAAUGUUAAUAUUUAUUGUUUAUUUCACUUUUGUUUACUAUCUACUUCACUUGGUUUGGCAAUGUUAACAUACGUUUCCCAUGCCAGUAAAGCCCUUAAAUUGAAAUGGAAUUGAAUUGAAUUGAAUUGAGAGAGAGAGAAGGGGAGAGAGAGAGUGGUGGGUAUUGAUGGAGAAGUAAACAGAGUGUGAUACAAAUAAAUACUCAUAGUCAGACACUGACUCAGAUCCCAACACACUCCUUUCUUUACAGCCACAACACACAGUGUCACAUAUCACCUACAUGACUGCUUAUAACAACAGAGCUUCAGCCUUGGUUGUCUCUUUCUUGGUUUGUGUAUUACCAAUGCUGUUCUUGCCAGUGUAUUUCCCCCAGUCACUGUAGAACUCCCCCUAACUGUAGAACUCCCCCUAACUGUAGAACUCCCCCUAACUGUAGAACUCCCCCUAACUGUAGAACUCCCCCUAACUGUAGAACUCCCACUAACUGUAGAGCUCCCCCUAACUGUAGAGCUCCCCCUAACUGUAGAACUCCCCCUAACUGUAGAACUCCCCCUAACUGUAGAACUCCCCCUAACUGUAGAGCUCCCCCUAACUGUAGAACUCCCCCUAACUGUAGAACUCCCCCUAACUGUAGAACUCCCCCUAACUGUAGAACUCCCCCUAACUGUAGAACUCCCACUAACUGUAGAACUCCCCCUAACUGUAGAACUCCCCCUAACUGUAGAACUCCCCCUAACUGUAGAGCUCCCCCUAACUGUAGAACUCCCCCUAACUGUAGAACUCCCCCUAACUGUAGAACUUCCCCUAACUGGCUAGCUUGGACACUGGCGAAUUCAACGUCAGGGGCUGGAUCCAUUUUCUGGCAAGAGAUUAUGAAGCACUCCUCUAUGUCAGAGACCACUGUUUGAUGUGGGGAGAAAACAACUGGCCCUACGAUAUGACUAGUUCUGUAUUGAUUGGAUCCUGUAGAGAGCUUUUUCAUUGAGCAUUAGACCAAUGUUUUUGUUUGUGGUGCUUCUACACACUCUUACACAUAGCAAUGGUGCCACUUGGCGAUCAUAUGACAGUAUUGAGAGUGAGACACCGUGGGGCAUAGCACUGCUGAAAAACAUUGGGAAUAGCGCUGCUGCAUUAGCAGUAGGUUGUUGUUCAUGUUGUCAGGGCUGGCAGUGUGCCCAUAACAAUAUCCCUGUAUUUCUGUCUUACUCACUGUCUUUUUGUCUUUCUUUUCAGAAUCAAGCACACCAACAUUGUUUCUCUGGAGGACAUCUUUGAGAGCACAUCCCACCUGUAUCUGGUCAUGCAGCUGUGAGUCUCCUCUUUCUCCUCUCCUCUCCUCUCCUCUCUCUCUCUCUCUCUCUCUCUCGCUCUCGCUCAAUUCAAUAGACUUUAUUGACAUGGCAAGUUAAAUUACUUACAUUGUCAAAUUAUACAUAUAACGAAAAUGGUGGAACCAACAGCAAUAAUAAUAGUAGUAGUGGAAAUGGGAUUACCAUUAAUAGCAACUACAACAACAAUAUUAAUGAGAAUAAUAAUACAUUAAAGCAAUAGUAGUCGACCAGUCUCAACAUGACUGAGAAGACACAUGGCAUGGUAUGAAAGCCAAAACAAAACUAAAUGGGAAAAUAAUAUUGACAUUACAUUGCACUUUUCACUGGCUGUCCCUCAGUUUGUGGCAGGAGGACACAUAUUUGUCUGUUCACCCAAUAAAUAUUCGAUUUUUUCUUCAUCUUUUAUAGUUUCAAAUUCUUUGUACUGAUAAUUUUGGGAAAUAAAUAUUCUCUUAGGUCUGAGUAUUUGUCACAGUGUAAUAGGAAAUGCAGCUCUGUCUCUACCUCUCCCCUGGAGCAGAGUGAGCACAGCCUGUCCUCUCUGGGCAGCCAGGUUUGCCUGUGACGACCGGUCUCUAUAGCCAGACUGUGCUCUCUUAGUCUGUACCUAGUCAUUGUUUUCCUCAGUUUUCUAUCAGUCACAGUGGUCAGAUAGUCUGCCACCAUGUACUGUCUGUUUAGAGCCAAAUAGCAUUGAAGUUUACUUUGAUUCUUUGUGGUGUCUUUCCAAUAGGUGAUAUAUUUUUCUUUUUGCUUUGUGAUGAUUUAGUUGGGCCAGAUUUUCUGGGUGCUGUCCUGAGGCUCUAUGAGGUUGGGUUGGAUUAGUGAGUCUCAGAACCAGCUGGCCGAGGGGACUCUUCUCUUGUGUGAUGGAAUGUUUUGGGGUCACUUGUUUUUAGAUGGUUGUAGAAUUUGAUGGCUCUUUUUUCUAUUCGAAUAAGGAGGGGGUAUUGGCCCAAUUCUGCUCUACAUGUGUUAUUUUGAGUUUUUCUUUGCACUUGCAAUACAGUCUUGCAAAACUCUGCAUGCAGAAUUUCGAUUGGACUAAGUUGCUUUGCUGCAGGAGGGACUGGUGCACUUCACAAAAUAGAUGGCAUCAUGAGGAUGGAAAAUUAUGUGGAUAUAUUGAAGCAACAUCUCAAGACAUCAGUCAGGAAGUUAAAUGUUGGUCGCAAAUGGGUCUUCCAAAUGGACAAUGACCCCAAGCAUACUUCCAAAGUUGUGGCAAAAUGGCUUAAGGACAACAAAGUCAAGUUAUUGGAGUGGCCAUCACAAAGCCCUGACCUCAAUCCUAUAGAAAAUGUGUGGGCAGAACUGAAAAAGCGUGUGCGAGCAAGGAGGCCUACAAACCUGACUCAGUUACACCAGCUCUGUCAGGAGGAAUGGGCCAGAAUUCACCCAAUUUAUUGUGGGAAGCUUGUGGAAGGCUACCCGAAACGUUUGACCCAAGUUAAACAAUUUAAAGGCAAUGCUACCAAAUACUAAUUGAGUGUAUGUAAACUUCUGACCCACUGGGAAUGUGAUGAAAUAAAUAAAAGCUGAAAUAAAUCAUUCUCUCUACUAUUAUUCUGACAUUUCACAUUCUUAAAAUAAAGUGGUGAUCCUAACUGACCUAAGACAGGGAAUUUGUUCUAGGAUUAAAUGUCAGGAAUUGUGAAAAACUGAGUUUAAAUGUAUUUGGCUAAGGUGUAUGUAAACUUCCGACUUCAACUGUACGCCUUCAAUAUGGGGAAACACUGAAGCAAUACAAACACACACUAAGAACAAAAAAGGAACAGCACAUUAGAAAUCAGCUGGAUGUAAUUGAGGAAUCCAUAGAAUCAAACCACUUCUGGGAGAAUUUGAAUAAAUUAAACAAACCUCAUCAUGAGCAAUUGGCUAUCCAAAAUGGGGAUAUGUGGAGAAAUCACUUUGCAAACCUCUACAGCAAUAUAACAAAGAGCCCAGAACAACAAGAUAUACAAGAAAAAUUACAAAUCCUUGAAUCAGCAGUCAAAGACUAUCAGAAUCCUGUGGAUACCCCAAUUACAGAACAAUAUUUAUUGGAAAAACUAUGCACUCUCCAGCCCAAAAAGGCCUGUGGUGCUGAUGGUAUUUUAAAUGAAAUGAUCAAAUAUACAGACCACAAAUUCAAUAUGGCUAUACUCAAACUCUUCAACAUUAUCCUCACUGCAGGUAUUUUCCCCAAUACCUGGAACCAAGGAUUGAUCACACCAAUCUAUAAAAAUUUAGACAAAUUUGACCCAAAUAAUUACAGAGGAAUUUGCGUUAACAGCAACUUUGGGAAAAUUCUCUGCAGUAACAUAAAUAGCAGAUUACAUAAUUUCCUUGAUGAACACAACGUCCUAAGCAGAAGCCAGAUUUGAUUUUUUUUAAAUGAUCGUACAAUAGACCACAUUUACACCCUCCACACUCUAAUUGACAAACAAGUCAACCAAAACAAAGACAAAAUCUAUUUGCGUUUUGUAAACUUCAAGAAAGCGUUUGAUUCAAUUUGGCACAAAGGUAUUUUUUAUAAACUAAUAGAAAGUGGUAUGGGAGGGAAAACAUAUGAUGUUAUUAAAUCAAUAUACACAAAAAACAAAUGUGAGGUUAAAAUUGGCAACAAGCAAACAGACUUCUUCUCUCAGGGACGUAGAGUGAAGCUUCCCACAAUUAAUUGGGUGAAUUCUGGCCCAUUCCUCCUGACAGAGCUGGUGUAACUGAGUCAGGUUUGUAGGCCUCCUUGCUCACACAUGCUUUUUCAGUUUUGCCCACACAUUUUCUAUAGGAUUGAGGUCAGGGCUUUGUGAUGGCCACUCCAAUACCUUGACUUUGUUGUCCUUAAGCCAUUUUGCCACAACUUUGGAAGUAUGCUUGGGGUCAUUGUCCAUUUGGAAGACCCAUUUGCGAUCAAGAUUUAACUUCCUGACUGAUGUCUUGAGAUGUUGCUUCAAUAUAUCCACAUCAUUUUCCUUCCUCAUGAUGCCAUCUAUUUUGUGAAGUGCACCAGCAUGAUGCUGCCACCCCUGUGCUUCACGGUUGGGAUGGUGUCCUUCGGCUUGCAAGCAGCCCCCUUUUUCCUCCAAACAUAAUGAUGGUCAUUAUGGACAAGCAGUUCUAUUUUUGUUUCAUCAGACCAGAGGACAUUUCUCCAAAAAGUACGAUCUUUGUCCCCAUGUGCAGUUGCAAACCGUAGUCUGGCUUUUUUAUGGCGGUUUUGGAGCAGUGGCUUCUUCCUUGCUGAGCAGCCUUUCAGGUUAUAUCGAUAUAGGACUCGUUUUACUGUGGAUAUAGAUACUUUUGUACCUGUUUCCUCCAGCAUAUUCAAAAGGUCCUUUUCUGUUGUUCUGGGAUUGAUUUGCACUUUUCGCACCAAAGUACGUUCAUCUCUAGGAGACAGAAUGCGUCUCCUUCCUGAGCGGUAUGAUGGCUGCGUGGUCCCAUGGGGUUUAUACUUGCUUACUAUUGUUUGUACAGAUGAUCAUGGUACCUUCAGGUGUUUGGAAAUUGCUCCCAAGGAUGAACCAGACUUGUGGAGGUCUAUUUUUCUGAGGUCUUGGCUGAUUUCAUUUGAUUUUCCCAUGAUGUCAAGCAAAGAGGCACUGAGUUUGAAUGUAGGCCUUGAAAUACAUCCACAUGUACACCUCCAGUGAAUUAUAAGUGAAAUAAUCUGUCUGUAAACAAUUGUUGGAAAAAUUACUUGUGUCAUGCACAAAGUAGAUGUCCUAACCGACUUGCCAAAACUAUAGUUUGUUAACAAGAAAUUUGUGGAGUGGUUGAAAAACGAGUUUUAAUGACUCCAACCUAAGUGUAUGUAAACUUCCGACUUCAACUGUAUAUGUUUGUUGUCUGGGUCUCCGUGUUUUUUAUUAGAUAUAUUUCUCAAUGACUUUCUUAGAUUUUUGCAAUCAUUAUCAAACCAUUUUUCAUUAUCUAUUAUUUUUGGUUUGCUCUUAUGUUUCUUUAGAUUAGCCAAUGAGGCUAAUUUGUCAAAUAUAAAGUUUAUGUUCCAAACGGCCAAAUGUACACCUUCAUUGCUGUAGGAGAAUGUUAAGGCUAAAAAGUUGUCCAGGAGAGAUUGUAUUUUUUGGCUACUAAUGGAUUUUUGGUAGAUUUCUAUACUGUUUGCACUCCAUCUAUAGGCCUGUUUAGUACCAUGUAAUUUAUUGGACCGUGAAACUUCAUGGUUGGGUUCUGCUCUUCUCAGAUUCACUGUGAUUUUACUGUGGUCUGAGAGAGGUGUUAGUGGGCUGACUGUGAAGGCUCUGAGAGACUCUGAGUUGAGGUCGGUGAUGAAGUAGUCUACAGUACUGCUGCCAAGGGAUGAGCUGUAGGUGUACCUACCAAAAGAGUCCCCUCUUAGCCUACCAUUGACUAUGUACAGACCCAGUGUUCGACAGAGCUUCAGGAGCUGUACUCCAUUUUUGUUUUUCACUUUGUCAUAGUUGUUUCUGGGGGGGUAUGUGGGGAGGGAAAGGUUGUUGCUUCCCGGUAGGUGUUUGUCCCCAUGACUGUUAAUAGUGUUUAGUUCUUCUGCUGUUCUAGCAUUUUUUUAUGUAACUAAUUUUUUUAACUUUAUUUUACCUGGAAAGGCUCAUUGAGAUUUGAAAUCUCUUUUUCAAGAGCGUCAUGGCCAAGAUAGGCAGCACCAAGUCAUUACACAAUUACAGACAGACAACAUGAAAAACGACAAGUAAUCUAGUAAACAUCCAUAGAAAUCACAGGAGCAUAACAUAAUCAUAAAACAGCAAUUAAAAAACAUUGACCUGUCAAGGAAUCAGCCUCAAAAUCCUUCAUCAAUGAUUGAAAAACACCAAUCGGGACAAGUUCUUCCAGUUUAAAAGUAUGUUGUAAGGCGUUCCAAGACGAUGGCGCAGAGUACAUAAAAACCCUUUUACCAAAUUCAGUUCGGACAUUUGGAACAGUUAGCAGGAUAAAGUCCUGAGAAUGAAGGGAGUACCCACCACAUUUCUGAAGAAUAAAAAUGCCCAGAUAAAAUGAUAGUAAACACAAAAUGGCUUUGUAAAUAAAAGUAUACCAGUGACUGAGCCUACGAGUGACUAGAGAAGGCCAUAUAUAGUACAUAAAGUGCAAUGGUGCGUAAGGGUUUUGCAGUUUAAAAUAAAUCUCAAUGCUCCAUGAUAAAGGGUGUCAAUUGAUCUCAAACACUGAGCGGAAGCAUUCAUAUAUAAAAUAUCUCCAUAGUCUAGAAUAGGCAUACAUGUAGCUGAUCAUAGGCUCCUUCUGGAUUCAAAAGAAAAACAAGCCUUAUUCCUAAAAUAAAAUCCCAACUUCAGCUUCAAUUCUUUUGUAAGUUGUUGAAUAUGCAAUUUAAAAGAGAGACUGUCAUCAAUUAAAAUUCCAAGAUAUUUAUAUGAGGUUACAACCUCAAUCUCAUUGCACUGACAGGUAGUAAUAGUUGAAAGGUUCAGUGGUCUGUUUCUUGCUUUUGAAAACACCAUUAGUUUAGUUUUGUCAGCAUUGAGGAUAAGCUUCAAUUGACACAAGGUAUGUUGAACAGUAUAAAAAGCAGUUUGCACAUUUUAGAAAGCUUUUGUGAGAGACGAGGCACAACAAUAAAUAACAGUAUCAUCAGCAUAAAAGUGAAGUUGCAUUUUGCACAUUUUUGUCUAAUUUAUUUAUAUAAAUAGUGAAUAAGAGGGGACCAAGUACAGAGCCCUGGGGCACACCAUUACAGACAGACAAUUUAACAGACAUGAGCCCAUCAAAUUGAGUGCACUGAGUUCUAUCAGACAGAUUGUUACCAAACCAUGCAACUGCAUGCUCCGAAAGACCUACACGCGACAAUCUGUCUCAGUAUAGCAUGAUCAACUGUAUCAAAAGCCUUAAAGAGAUCAAUAAAAAGUGAGACACAGUGCUGUUUUUUGUCAAAGGCUUCAGUGAUAUCAUUUAAAACCUUCAUGGCUGCUGUAAUUGUGCUAUGCUUCUUCCUGAAGCCCGAUUGGUACAUUGAUAAAAUAGAGUUAGUAUAUAAAAACUAUUUUAGCUGUUCACUAUCAAGGGUUUCAAGUAUUUUUGCCAGGGUAGACAGCAUUGAGAUUGGCCUAUAAUUAUUGAAAAUUGUUGGAUCUCCCACUUUUAAGUGGUAGGACAAAUGCUGAUUUCCAGAUCCUUGGAAUUUCAUUACAUUCCAGGGUUAGAUUGAACAGAUAUGUAAAUGGUUCAGCUAUGAAAUCAGCUGCCAGUUUUAAAAAGCAGGGAUCAAGAAGAUCAGGACCUGCAGGCUUUCUCUGAUCUAAGGAUUUCAGGGCUUUAUGUAUCUCAGGGCUUUAUGUACCUCCUGCACUGAGAACGUACUGGUCUCCACAGACCAGUACAUUGCCUUGGGCCUGAAAGUGACUAAUCUCCCCCUCUAGAAUGGAGAAACUCUCUUAAUUGAAGUAGGGUGACUCUGAGGGGGGAAUGUAUGUGGCACAGAGGAAUACGUUUUUAUCUGUUAAGAUAGCCUCCUUGUUGUUGAUUUUUAACCAGAUAAAGAAUUAUCCUGUUUUGAUGAAUUUGAUUUGAAUUAGUUGGUUCAGAUUUAUACCAUAAUAGCAUUCCCUCUGAGUCUCUGCUCUGUGUGAUUCAUUUUAAUUUGGUGGAUGGUCCGAUUAUCUCUCUAUAACCUAGUCGACAGCCAGUGGAAACAUCACCUCUGCACCAUGUUUCCUGUAGUACUACAAUAUCAACAUCAUCAAUUUCUUUCAGGAAGUCUGGGUUUCUGCUCUUUAGCCCAAAAGCAGAGGACUUCAAUCCUUGUAAAUUCCAACAUGCAACGUAAAAAGAUUUCAUAACUGUUUUUUUUCUUUACCUUCAAAAAGAGAUAAACACUCACAAUCCAACAAGUACGAUUAAAAUAGGAUAUUUCAAAUAACAUAAACUCUUAAUAUGCAAAUGUGAUUUGUUAGGAAUACUGUAGGUCAUAAAUCGGGGACAGAUUGGGGGACUGGUGUGGAGUAUGAGUUUAAAUACAUGUUUUUCUUGUUUGGAAACAGCAAACCAGUGAGCGGACGUUCCCUUUUCCUGUAUGUAUUGGACCUUGUUUAGUAUUAUGGAUGUGUGUAAAGCCUCUCCCUUUAAUGUUUGUCCUGUGUGUCUCUAUCAGGGUGUCUGGAGGGGAGCUGUUUGACCGCAUCGUAGAGAAGGGUUUCUACACAGAGAGAGACGCCAGCCAACUCAUCCACCAGAUCCUGGAUGCUGUCAAAUACCUCCAUGACAUGGGCAUCGUACACAGGGACCUGAAGGUACUUCAACUCUUCACAUACAAACACGCACACACUCACACUCAAACACAUACACAUGCACGCAAGCACACAUACACACAUAUACACACAUCUCCAUGACAUGGGCAUCCUACACACGUACCUGAAGUUAGGGCUCAGAAGAGGGGAGAGGGCUGAUCUGUUUUCCUUCUUCUUGGAGAGUCAGAAUGUAAGAACUUGUACACUACUCUUGUGCAAUGGUAAUGGAUCCUGUAUAAAUAGAUACAGAAAUGCAUUAGAUGCUGUCCGUUAGAUUAGUACUCAAACAAAACAACCACUCCCAUUACGCGUUGUCUUGAACUGCCACACAUCCAUGUCUCGUGUUCACCAAUGUGAGAAAGCUGGAAAUCGUGGUUCAUUUACAUCCCAGGCUGUAAGAAGAGGUGCCAAUGUGCUGCCUCAACAACUUGUCUUGCCAAUUCUUUCUUACCAGAAUCGUUAAGGUUUCUGUGAGAAAAUCUUCAACUAAAACAAGUAGUAGUAUUUUUUACUCUCCUCUCUUUCUCCCUUCCUCUCUCUUUCUCCCCUCCUCUCUCUCUCCCUCUGUCUCCUGCUCUCUCUUUGUCUCUCUAUAUUUUUCUCUCUUUUCUUUCUCUCUCUCUUUUUUUCUUUCUCUCUCUCUCUCUCUCUCUCUCUCUCUCUCUCUCUCUCUCUCUCUCUCUCUCUCUCUCUCUCUCUCUCUCUCUCUCUCUCUCUCUCUCUCUCUCUCUCUCUCUCUCUCUCCCUCCUGCCUCUCGGUAGCCAGAGAAUCUGUUGUAUUACAGUAUGGACGAGGACUCUAAGAUAAUGAUCAGUGACUUUGGCCUGUCUAAGAUCGAGGACACGGGCAGUGUCAUGUCUACAGCCUGUGGGACCCCAGGAUACGUGGGUAAGGUGUGUGUGUGUGUGUCUGUGGAUGUGUGUUCGUGAUCUCUCCCACUACCCCCUCACUCUCUCCCUGAUCCAUUUACAACCUCCUCUGAAGCAUGCUAUUAUAUUGGAGUGCUAUUGUGUCAACUGUUAGUGCUUCAAAAGCACACACUCUCUCAAUUCAAUUCAAAGGGGAAACAUAUGUUUACAUUGCCAAAGCAAGUGACAUCUCUUUCUCUCUCUUUCUCCCUUUCUUUCUCCCUCGCUCUCUCCCUUUCUCGCUCCCUUUCUAUCUCCCUUCUCUCUCUCUCUCUCUCUCUCUCUCUCUCUCUCUCUCUCUCUCUCUCUCUCUCUCUCUCUCUCUGUUUGAUGUUGCCCACUAGAGCUCUGAUUGAGAGGGUAAAAAAUAACUUCAAUGGGCUCUGUCUAAGUCACUCUCUCUCCCUCUAUCUGUCUCCCUCACCCCCUCUGUCUUUCUCAGUGCUCCUCUCCCUCUCUCCAUCUGUCUUUCUCAGUCUCACUCUCUCACUCUCUCACUCUCUCCAUCUUCUGACUUCGCUGUUUCAUGUUAUUGGCAGCUCCUGAGGUGUUGGCUCAGAAACCGUACAGCAAAGCAGUAGACUGCUGGUCCAUCGGAGUCAUCUCCUAUAUUCUGUAAGUCAUCUGCUUAGUACGCUAACACAAAUACCGUCCCUCAGACUCUGUAUACUGGUGCCUGUGCAUUUAAACAUCUGUUGUAUUCAUGGGUUGCACCUCAGUCACUCUGUCGCGUCGCGGCAGGUAGCUUAGUGGUUAAGAGCGUUGUGCCAGUAACCGAAAGGUCGCUGGUUCUAAUCCCCGAGCCGACUAGGUGAAAAAUCUGUGGAUGUGCCCUUGAGCAAGGCACUUAACCCUAAUUGCUCCUGUAAGUCGCUCUGGAUAAGAGCGUCUGCUAAAUGACUAAAAUGUAAAUGUAAAAUGUUAUGAAUGUUCUACAUAACGCCGCAGCCAUGAUAAUAAUAAUAAUAAUAAUAUGCCAUUUAGCAGACGCUUUUAUCCAAAGCGACUGAUGAUUGAUGCCUAGUCAUUCUGAGCGGGGGCUGAUGACUUGGAAAUACGAUGACAGUGCUAAAGAAGGCAAAUCAUUUGUAGAUAACAACUUUGCCAUCAUUAUGAUGUCGUCAAAUUUACUUUAGAGAGAGGGCAAUGUUGCCAUUAGCUACCAAAGUUCGUCAAAAAUAGCUAGCAAUGCUAACAUUAGCUAGCAAAAUUUCAGUGCUGCUCAAACUAGCUAGCUAAAUACUGCAUCUAAAGUCAAUCUGGUGACAUCGCAAUGAUGACAAAAGAUUUUCCAACAAAUUAUUUGCCUCCUUUUAAAAUUAUAUUGUGUUUCCAAGCCACUGUAAUGCACUUUUGAUGAAAUCUUAAUUAGCGGCAAUUGACAAUGCAUUGAGUAGAACAUUAAUUUGCACAUCAGUCUUCAAGAAAACGUUCAAAACAAUACUGUGAUGAAACGUGCAAGCCAUGAAUAGUGCACUCGAUAGAGCAGCUCAUUCCAAAUGUUCUAAAAUUCUAAAAUGGCUCUGUGCAUGACCUUCACACCCCCACAUUUAUGUCUGAGAAAGUACGGUCCAUCUGUGGCUGGGACUCUUGGCACUUAAUAGCAUAAUAGGGAUAUUAUAUACUUACAACCAAAUUUCAAUUGGAUAUUUUAUUAUCUGGGUUCAAUGUAUAGAGCAAUAAGUGUUCCCUCAUGUCAUAUGAACUUUUUCAGGUUAUGCGGAUACCCUCCGUUUUAUGACGAGAACGAUGCUAAGCUUUUUGAGCAGAUACUGAAGGCAGAGUAUGAGUUUGACUCUCCGUACUGGGAUGACAUCUCCGAUUCAGGUAGCUUAUACCGCCUUUUUUCUUUCUUUAUUUUUACAAAUAAUAAUGAUCGGGACAAACAGAAAAAAGACAAAGAGGAUCACAUAAACAAAACACAAUACAAACUGAAUCAAAUUCAAAUAGCAUGAAUCCUUUUCAAUGAUCUGUAAUUGUUUCAAUGACAUACAGUGCCUUGCAAAUUAUUCAUCCCCCUUGGCAUUUUUCCUAUUUUCUUGUAUUACAACCUCUAAUUUAGAUUUGAUUUUUAUUUGGAUUUCAUGUAAUGGACAUACACAAAAUAGUCCAAAUUGGUGAAGUGAAAUGAAAUUCUAAAAAACAAAUAACGGAAAAGUGGUGUAUGUAUUCACCCCCUUUGCUAUGAAGGCCCUAUUCUUGAGGGAAACCUGUUUCAGUUUUCCAGAGAUAUGAGACUGGGACGGAGGUUCACCUUCCAGCAGGACAAUGACCCUAAGCAUACUGCUAAAGCAACACUCGAGUGGUUUAAGGGGAAACAUUUAAAUGUCUGUCUUGGAAUGGCCUAGUCAAAGCCCAGACCUCAAUCCAAUUGAGAAUCUGUGGUAUGACUUAAAGAUUGCUGCACACCAGCGGAACCCAUCCAUCUUGAAGGAGCUGGAGCAGUUGUGCCAAGCUUAUAGAGACAUACCCCAAGAGACUUCAGCUGUAAUUGCUGCAAAAGGUGGCUCUAGAAAGUAUUGACUUUGGGUGGGGUGAAUAGUUAUCCACGCUCAAGUUUUCAGUUUAUUUGUCUUAUUUCUUGUUUGUAUCACAAGAAAAAAUAUUUUGCAUCUUCAAAGUGGUAGGCAUGUUGUUUAAAUCAAAUGAAACAAACCCCCCAAAAUUCCAUUUUAAUUCCAGGUUGUAAGGCAACAAAAUAGGAAAAAUGCGAAGGCGGGGGGUGAAUACUUUCGCAAGCCACUGUAAAUUACAUUUGACUGUGAAUGAAUACCAUGACUACUUUGUGUGGAUUUGUAAGUCAUUGAUUAUACUGUAUUAUCUCUGGAGAUAGUGUAAAUUCGUAAGGAAUCAACAUUGUUCAGUAAUGAUUUGAAAGUGUUGUUUUUUUCAUUCCAGCUAAAGACUUUAUCUGUCACCUGAUGGAGAAAGACUUCAUGAAGAGAUAUACCGCUGAUCAAGCACUUCAACACCCCUGGUAAUACAAGCUUUCCCUAACCCUAACUCUAGCUACAUGUCCACAUCCCGGUUCAACCCUAACCCCAGCCUCAACCUUAACCUUAACCCUAAACCUAAACCUAGCCUUAACCACAAACCUAAGCUUAGCUUAAUCUCCUCAUCCCGAUACAACCUUAACGCUACACUCUUAGAAAAAAAGGUGCUAUCUAGAACCUUAAAGGGUUCUUCGGUUGUCCCCAUAGGAGAACCCUUUAAAUAACCCUUUUUGGUUCCAGGUAGAACCCUUUUGGGUUCCAUGUAGAACCCUUUCCACAGAGGGUUUUUCAUGGAACCCAAAAGGGUUCUACUUGGAACUCGAAAGGGGUCUACCUGGAACCAAAAACGAUUAUCCUAUGUGGACAGCCAAAUAACUAUUUUGGAACCCUUCUUUCUGAGAGUGUAGUCUCAACCACAACUCUAACCCUAACCAUAGCUUAAUGUCAACAUCAAGGUUAAACCCUAACCCUCAACCACAACCCUAACUUCAUGUCAACAUCAAGGUUCAACCCUAACCUUAGCCUCAACCACAGCAACAACAACCACAACCCUAACCCUAGCUUCAUGUCCACAUCCUGGUUCCCCAAGCCAUUCAAUGCAUUCUUGCGUAACAUUUAGGCUGGUUAAACCAGGCGAGGAUAUCUACGUCCCAUAACUCAAACUUUAAACUUCUGACAGCUUGCCCCCUCUUUGCUGUCUCUCUCUAAACUCUCUCUUUUCCGGUUUGCAGGAUCUGUGGAGACACAGCUCUUGAUAAGAACAUCCAUGAGUCUGUCAGUGCUCAGAUCAAGAAGAACUUUGCUAAAAGUAAAUGGAAGGUCAGUGGCUCAAUAUUACUGCUUUGAUAACUCUCAUUUUAUUUCUAUUUUUGUUCUUCUAUCUGUCUCUCUGUCUCAUUUACACUACAUGACCAAAAGUAUGUGGACACCUGCUCAUCGAACAUCUCAUUCCAAAAUCAUGGGCAUUAGUAGGAGUUGGUCCCCCCUUUGCUGCUACAACAGCCUCCACUCUUCUGGGAUGGCUUUCCACUAGAUGUUGGAACAUUGCUGCGGGGACUUGCUUCCAUUAAGCCACAAUAGCAUUAGUGAGGUCGGGUACUGAUGUUGGGUGAUUAGUCCUGGCUCGCAGUCGGCGUUCCAAUUCAUCCCAAAGAUAUUCGAUGGGGUUGAGGUCAGGGCUCUGUGCAGGCCAGUCAAGUUUUUCCACACCGAUCUCGACAAACCAUUUCUGUAUGGACUUCGCUUUGUGCACGGGGCAAUGUCAUGCUGAAACAGGAAAGGGCCUUCCCCAAACUUGCCACAAAGUUGGAAGCACAGAAUGUCAUUGUAUGCUGUAGCGUUAAGAUUUCCCUUCACUGGAACUAAGGGUCCUAGCCUGAACCAUGUAAAGCAGCCCCAGAUCAUUAUUCCUCCUCCACCAAACCUUACAGUUAGCACUUUGCAUUGGGGCAGGUAGUGUUCUACUGGCAUCCGCCAAACCGAGAUUCGUCUGUCGGACUGCCAGAUGGUGAAGUGCAAUUCAUCACUCCAGAGAACGCAUUUCCACUGCUCCAGAGUCCAAUGGCGGUGAGUUUUACACCACUCCAGCCGACGCUUGGCAUUGCGCAUAGUGAUCUUAGGCUUGUGCGCGGUUGCUCGGCCAUGGAAACCCAUUUCAUGAAGCUCCCGACGAAUAGUUAUUGUGCUGACGUUGCUUUCAGAGGCAGUUUGGAACUCGGUAGUGAGUGUUGCAACCAAGGACAGAUGAUUUUUAAGCGUUUCAGCACUCGGCGGUCCCGUUCUGUGAGCUUGUGUUGCCUACCACUUUGCGGCUGAGAAGUUGUUGCUCCUAGAUGUUUCCACUUCACAAUAACAUCACUUACAGUUGACUGGGGCAGUUCUAGCAGGGCAGAAAUUUGAUGAACUGACUUGUUGGAAGUGCCACGUUGAAAGUCACUGAGCUCUUCAGUAAGGCCAUUCUACUGCCAAAGUUUGUCUAUGGAGAUUGCAUGACAGUGUGCUCGAUUUUAUACACCUGUCAGCAACGGGCGUGGCUGUAGUAGCCGAAUCCACUCAUUUGAAGGUGUGUCCACUUACUUUUGUAUAUGUAGUAUAUAUGGUUCCUCUGUUUUUUAUAGUGGUUGUAUAAAUCACUGUGCAUUUAUCACCUUCCCUUCCCUUUUCUCUUUCUCUAUUUCUCUCUCUCUCUCUCUCUCUCUCUCUCUCUCUCUCUCUCCUCUCUCUCUCUCUCUCCCCCCCGUCUUCUCUCUCUCACCCCCCCUUCUUCCCCCUCUCUCAACCACCUCCCCCUGUCUCUCUCUCCCCCAUUAUUCUCUCUCUCUCUCCCCCUCUCUCUCCCUCUCCCCAUCCCCCCUCUAUCUCUCUGUCCCUCCUAUCACUAUCCCUACACAGCAAGCAUUCAAUGCCACAGCAGUGGUGAGACACAUGCGGAGGCUGCAGCUGGGUACCAGCCUAGAGAGCCCCAGCCAGAUCACCCCCACAAGCCCCUGUCAUGCCCACACACUCCUGUUGCGGGAGGAGGAUGAGGACGAGGAGGAGGAGGGACUGGGGGUAGAGGAGGAGUGCUGUAAGUGAGACAAUACUGAGCCUGUACCCCACUCAGCCAGCCACCUCUCUCUCACUCUCACUCUCACUCUCACUCUCACUCUCACUCUCACUCAGACUCUCAAUCUGUUUAUCUCUCUGAGCACGUAGCCUACAGUACUGUGGAGCCUCUGAGCACGUACAGUGGUGUGUACAGUACUGUAGUGAUACUCUAGUAGUACAGCACUGUGGAGUACUGUCCCUGUCAUCUCCUCUGCUCUCCUCUCCAGUGUCAUACUGUGAGGAUGGGCAGCGGCGCGGUAGUGCAGAGGGCAGUGCCGACCGGGACAGUCUGACGAGUUGCACCUACUGCUGCAGGCCAGCCAGUCGCAUC